UAGCGUAAGUCACCCAGAAACGCAGUUCGAGAGCUAUCAAUCAUGACUGCAAAGUGCCACCCUGCAACAAUGCAUUUCAUCCCCGACCAACUUCCUAAGAAAACAUUCAUUGAGAAUGGGAUAUCAUCGCCUCCCUUGUUAAUGAGAGAUCAUGUUAAAUUAGCACUGAAGAUUCUGACUUGCAUGUGGAUUGAUAUACGUGUCGUACCAGCAAGUAGUUGUUGGGAUGCCUCAAUGUAUGACUUCAAGUGCAUUGUUUGUUUAAGGUUGGCCAUAUCGCCCUCCGGAUUAGCACUACUUGGUGGGCCAAAACGCUUGGAACACUUAUUAAAGAACUCACUUCAUGUCAAGCCUGAGACUAUAUGUUUGAAUUGAUCGAAUGGUCGAAUUUGGAUAGGGGAAAGAGGGAGAAGAAGACGAAGAAGAAGAAGAAGAUGUUAUUUUUAUUUUGCAUCUUCGUUUAAAGAUUUUUUUUAUACAUAUAAAAUAGACCUAUGGUAGACUAUUACCCCCUAGGGCUUGAGAUAGACAGGGUCAGCCUUGUUUGGCGUUUGAGCUUAUUGGCCAAAAGGCAUGCACAUUACGGUCUCCAUAUAUUUAGAUAUUCUUAAUAAUCCAUGAUGCAACUUGUGAUUGACAGAAACAACUUUUUAAUAUUGGGGUUAGAACUUGGAAAGUUAAUAACCAUAAGGGAAAUAGUUCGACUUCAAAGGUUCAACUUAAUAUGUUUGAUGUGCUGGUUUCUUUUUCAUCACCAGCUUCGAAUAGGGACACUGCCAAGUUUAUCAAAUGUAGAAUUCUUUUUGGGUCAUAUGUGCUUUGUCAAGUUCAAAGAGUGGAUUGUUGCCCCAACUACACUAUUGGAGAUCUGAUGUGUAACUCAUUUUCCUCUUGAUGUAAAAUUUUAUCUUCUGUACCAACUAUAUAAAUAGCCCCUUCAUCAUCCAAACACACAAGAAAGUGAUUGGAGAUUUGUGAAACCCUGUUGCUCUACUUUAAUUAAGAAAGUGAUUAUUUGUUAAAAAUGGUCACGAACUUUGGCUGAAUUUCAAUUUUCACGAAUAAUUAUUUUUUUCAAUGUUGUUCACAAACAUUUUAGCAUUUGAAUAUCGUUAAACUAGUUUUGUAUCACACCCAAAUGAAGCUGAUGUGAAUACAUGAAACAUGCAACUUCAUUCCGCGUGGAGACGUAUGGAAUCCAAACUUUCUGUUGGCAUUCUCUUCAUCAAGUUCCUCCGUGAGUUUAUCAUGGAGCUAAUACUAAUGAAGCUAUAGCCAAUUCUUGAAGUCCCUCAUCUAUCUCAUUUAAUAAUUCUUCAAACACGACCUUUUCACAUUUUGACCACCCGUAUGAACCUUGAUUGCUUUUCGAUUCGGGUCGUGGAUAUCCACUCACAACUUCGCCUACGAACUUGUCCUAGGUCUGAUAAAACCCAGAUUUUCAUUUGGCUAGAUACAUUACAUGCAUGUCGAUUUGAAAAUGCUCGUGAAUGAGAGCCAAAAUUGAAAGUUUUAGUAAAAAUUGCAUUGUAACAUAGGGUAUGUUUGGGAGUUGGGUUUUGAUGUGUGUUUAUGACCCCCCUUUUCAUGUUUGGGAGUUUAAAAAAUUGGAGGGGGUGGUUUUGGAUAGCUUUUGUUACCCUCCAAAACCCUCUAAAUGCUCAAUUUUUAAGUUCCCCCAAUUUGGAGGGGUUUGAAAGAUAAUUAACGAAAUGAUAAUUUAAGCUCAAUUUGAAAUGAAUAUCAGUUUAAUUAUUUGAAUUUGUCAUAUCUCAAAGUGGUUUUAGUAAUAAUUCGUUUAACGUCUCUCGUUUUUCAAAUUUAUUACUCCCAAAUACAAUGAAGGGUUUCCCCAUCGUCCCUUCCCUUUCGUUUCCAACAACAUACCUUCAAAUUCUACAUCUCCCCUUCCCCCCAAACUUCCAAACAUACUCCUAAAGUUUAUGAAAUUUUGGCAAACUAACCCACCAAUAAAAACACUAUGUUAAUACACUAGUAAAAUUUGCAUUGUCCUUUUUUGUCAUCGCUCAGGUUCUAUUUGAUCUAGGGUUGGCAAAAUGGUUUGGUUUAACCGAAUCGAACCAAACCAAACAAAAAACCGGUACUUGGUUUGGUUUCACUUACUUAAGGGAAAUCGUUUGGUAACAUUUUACUCAAAUUGAAUGAUUUGGUUUGAUUUGGAUUUAAACCAAAAAAACAUAAACCGAACCGAACACCGAAAAACUUAUAAUAUUUAUAAAAAUAUUAUAUAUUUAUCUCCACUCUUCAUCUUUAGGAUAUAAAUUAAUAAUUUAUACAUGAAAAAUACAUGUUUAGCAUAUAUCAUUUUAACUUUUACACAUUUCAUACAUUCAUUAUGA